AUGCCUGUUCUUGACUUUGUUAGAAAAUAUAAACUAUCAGCUUCGUAUAUCAGUAUAGGUCGCAAAACAACUGACUACUCACUAUCAUACAGGUGUCCAAAUUGCAAACGGCUAUUUCCUCAUAUCGAUUCUAUUAGAAAUCAUUACUGCCGACCAUCACAGUCUCAAAUUGCUUUCGAAAAUUCGAAGGAUAAAGGCCGAAUUUCACCUCAUGUACUUUUUCCACUUUUGGACGAAAUCGAGAAUUGGAGUGUUCGUUGCAAGGAAAAAAAGUAUAAAUGUCCAAAAUGUCCAAAGCAAUAUUCUCAUGGAAGUGCCCUUAGUCGACAUGUUAAUAAUGAAUGUGGCAUGGAACCAAAAUUCAAAUGUGAUUUAUGUGAAUAUAGAAGUUAUAGGAAUGAAUGUAUGCAGAGGCAUAUGCGUACUCAUUCGAAGGCUAAAUUUGGCUUAGUUCCUGGACAGAAGAAUACAUUGUGA